AUGCCUGCACUAGGAAUAACAACAUCUUCCCCUAGUUCUACACCUAUGCCCCCGUCGAUAUCCAACUCGGCAAGCGCAUUGAUUCCUCCUCUCACUGGCAAAAAUAUCGUGGUUUUCUGCGAUGGAACAGGGCAGGAUGGGCUCAUUUCAUCACUGUCCCAAGAAGAGAAGAACGAUACACAGGCGCAGUUAGAGAAGAUACCGAAACCUAAAAAGAAACCCUUGCAUGCAGUAACCUAUCCGACUAAUGUUCUUCGACUGUGCCUGGACGUAGCACGAUGUGUAAAAUCACUUAUCAACACAAUCCCACAACGCCUCCAGAUCGUAUUCUAUCAAAGUGGUGUUGGGGUUGGCGACGAUUUUCAAGGUAACUCCGAUCUUGGGGAUGAUUACGAGAAGGCACGCGGAACAGCUACCGGAAGUAAGAUCCGAGACGCAUAUAACUUUAUUGCUCAAAACUAUACAGAGGGUGACAAGAUAUUCCUAUUUGGUUUCUCUCGAGGUGCAUAUACAGCACGAAAAGUAGCCGGUUUGAUAUGUAAGCUGGGGCUAUUGAACACACGACAAAUGGGGAAGUUCUUCCACUACUGGAGUGCUUUAGAUCGCGGUGAUGCUAGCGUAGAAAGGUCGGGAGGCCCGCCUCAAUCGAUAAGUUUUCUCGGUGUAUGGGAUACAGUUGGUUCGGUGUACGAAGACCUGGUUGCACCAAAGGUCAACGCCUUGACACUUGUCGACUCUGAGCUCCCAGAGGGAGUUAAGGUGGCUCGCCACGCACUCUCCUAUCAUGAAAAUCGGAAGGAGUUCCUUCCGACACCUUUCGCUAAUUAUCAGUCUGAUAGAGACGUAAAACAGAUGUGGUUCCCAGGGGUCCAUUCAGAUGUAGGUGGAAGUUACAGUGAGCACCUGAUUGCAGACAUAACGCUGUGCUGGAUGACUGGUGAAGCUAUCGGCGCGGGCUUGACGAUUGACGAAGAGUUUUUAUUGGACUGUUUCACCAUCCCGAGCGAGCCCGCCCCUGAGCUAAGGCUUCACUUUGAGCGCCAUCCCAACAGAGCACUGUCCAUUCUUACGGUCGAUCGAAUGGCGACGCUUGUGAAGACCCCCGAAUCGAAAGAGGUACUGCUUACCAACAUAGAGCCAAGGUUCUUAUAUCACCAGAGCCUGUGGGCGGAGAUUAGAGAAAGCCCGAAGGGCUCUUCGUAUAAAGCAUUUCCAAAUAAGAAGAACCCGUCUACGGAUCCACUCAGGGCCUCUCUGAGCGAUUUUGAGAAGAGAUAUUGGGAUGCGUGUAAAUGGAACGCACUGCUUCCUCUCCCGGUUCUGCCACCUUCGCGCGGUGGGCGCUUGCCCAUGGCUCGCGGUUCUAGCCCUAAGCUAACGCCUAAAUCUCAAAGCCCCUCGUCUCUUUCGAUAAGUAUGACUAUGGCUCAGCGUCCAGUAGAAUUUGAGAUGGUUGGUGAUUACGUCGAAGACAUGAUCGAAAGCGGAACACCAAUCAAAUACGUCAAUUAG